AUGAAAUUUGACAGCAUACUUUCAGAAAUUAAUGGAUUUGGAAAAUUCCAAAUCAUGCUGGUCUUGAUUCAGUCACUCUCUCGACUUACUUUGCCAUGUCACUUCUUGCUGAAUAACUUCAUGGCAGCUGUUCCCUCUCACCACUGUAACAUCACCGCUCUGGAUGACGAAGGCGUCUUUGGGAAUUUAACUCUGGAGGAGAAAAUGGCUGUUGGUAUCCCAGCAGAUGAGAAUGGGGACCAGGAGUCCUGUCUGAUGUUUUCAAAGCCACAAUAUCAACACCUGUCAGGCUUGAAUAUUAGCGAGGAUACAUUUACUGUUCCGUGUCAGAACGGAUGGGUGUAUGACAACAGCACAUUUAAAUCUACUUUGGCAACAGAGUGGGAUCUCGUAUGCAGCAGAAAGGGGAUGAACAAGGCAACAGGCACCUCUUUCUUUGCAGGUGUUAUGGUGGGUGCCCCGUUAUUUGGCUUUCUCGGUGACAGGUUUGGCCGACGGCCACUGCUCUUGGUGUCUUAUUUGUCAUCCAUGACGUUUGCAGUCCUCAGUGCAUUCUCCACAUCAUACAUAAUGUUUGUCAUCAUGAGAUUUUUUACAGGGUUGUCACUCGCAGGAAUAAGUAUCAUCUCUCACGUUCUAAAUGUUGAAUGGUUCAGCAUUGAGCACAGGACCUUUUCUGGUGUCAUUAUAAGUCUGGAUUGGACACUCGGAAACUUGAUUCUGGUUGGAAUUGCAUAUUAUGUUAACGAGUGGAGGAUGCUCAUUUUGGCAGUGACCUCACCCCUGAUACUGUCCAUCAUUGCGUGGAGGUGGCUUCCGGAGUCUGCAAGGUGGCUCCUGGCAAACAGGAAAGUAGAUGCUGCUCACCAUUAUAUCAUGAAAUGUGCUGAGAUGAACAACAGAACCAAGUGUAUGGCCAGCGUCACACCAAUGGCAUUACUGGAACCUGGACAAACUGAAACUACAGAUAAGAAGUACACUUUUGUAGAUCUUUUCAGGACCCCAAAUAUGAGGAAACUUUCAAUAUGUUUAGGGAUCGUGUGGUAUGGCGUUGCAUUUACAUACUAUGGGAUAAGUCUGAAUAUCACUGGGUUCGGACUAAACAUAUACCUCACGCAGUUAAUAUUUGCAUCCAUCGAGAUACCAAUGAAAAUCGGUGUGUAUAUCUUUCUGGAGAAACUUGGUCGAAGGCCGAGUGAGGCGGGAGCUCUGCUGGUAACGGGUCUCUGUCUCUUCAUCAACAUAUUUGUUUCAAAAGAUAAGUGGCUCAUCCGAACUGUUGUAGCAGUCCUCGGGAAAGCCCUGUCAGAAGCCUCUUUCACAGUCAUAUACCUCUUCACAACUGAACUCUUUCCUACAGUCGUACGAGAGAAUGGUCUAGGUUACACCUCGUUUCUGGCUCGGCUGGCUGUGUCCAUAUCUGUGCUCGUCAUGCUACUGGAGGACGUCUGGCAUCUCUUCCCUGCAGUCGUUUACUGCACAGUGGCAAUCGGGGCAGGUUUAGUGGCUUCACUCCUGCCUGAAACCUUAAACGUCAGACUGCCAGAGAUCAUUGAGGAUAUUGAGAAACCAAGGGCGCAGUCAACCGAGAGGAAGGAAGUUAAAUAAAAAUGUACUAUUAAAGAGAGUGAUAUUUAUCCUGUCCACAGUAUAUUUGUCACACGAUUUUUUGAACUUUUAAGAAAUAAAGAUGAGUUCGUUUGAACACUUAGAAAUUGCUAAAAGCCCAAUGAAUGAACCAACGUUCAUCAAUGAAACAACAACCAAGGUGUACUGUCUUAAUCAUGGGUGUAAAGCAAGAACCAGCCUGCCAAAAGGUCCAAUCUGGUCCACUGGAUGACUUUCUACAGUGUUAAGAAAAUAGAUUUUCCUAACACUGACCUGAUUUGAUGACCUGAUGACCUGAUUUGUCAACUGGGGGUCUUGCUGUUCUAAUAAGAGUAUAAGGCUCUAUGUAAUGGUGUUACUGGUUCAGCCCACUUGAGAUCUAAUGGGGCUUUAUGUGUGCAUUGAUCUAAAAUGAGUUUGAUACCCAUGUUCUAAAUCAUGCACUAUACAGAAGAAAGCUGGACGACGAAGAAGAAAACAGUUGAAGAAAAUCAAUCAAGUGUAACUGUAAAUGUGUUAUGUAUUUGUCAAUGAAGUUGUAUUAAAUAAUAACUUUUAAUGUUUUUUUGGAAUGAGAGAUUUUAUGGUGACAUGCUUUUUAUUAUGUCCUGCUGCCGUGGCACACGCUAUAUAUGACAUCCUAAUAAUAGUGACCUGGCAAGGAUAAGUAGAUAUAGGUAAUGGAUG